CCAGCAUUGUAUGUUAUUGGGUUCUUCUCUUGUUACUGGACUCUGUACGGUUCCAAUUAAAAAUAGUUUUUUUUUUUUUUUAAAUCCAUAAACGUGCAUUAUUAGCUCUUAAUUAACAAUUAACAAAUGACCCUUGUUUCCUUUUCUGGAUGGAAUUUCAUUUCAGUUUCUAAAAAUGGCAAGACAACGUACGAGAGAUCGAAAAUCUAGCAAGAAUCAAACAAGUGAUUUGAGCAGUUCUAGCUCCGACCAGCAUUGUCCUAAGGUGCCAAGAUGGUUCAUCGGGAGUUUUCGGUGGAUUUAAACAAACCACUCGUCUUCCAGGUGGGCCAUCUUGGAGAAGAUUACGAGGAAUGGGUUCAUCAGCCUAUUGUUACCAAAGAAACCCCACGGUUUUUCUCAAAUGGCCUAAUUGAGUUUUUGACUCGAACCCGUUGGUGGGCAAUUCCUCUAAUCUGGCUACCCGUUGUGUGCUGGCUCGUUUCGUUGUCUUUAGAAAACGGCGUUCCUGUUAAUCAUGCACCACUAACGGUGUUAGCCGGUGUCUGUUUAUGGACUUUUAUGGAGUACUGUUUGCAUCGCUUCGUUUUCCACAUCAGAACAACUAGCUAUUGGGGAAACACACUUCAUUACCUCGUUCAUGGCUGCCAUCACAAGCACCCUAUGGAUGGGCUUCGACUCGUUUUCCCUCCCGCUGCAACUGCAAUUCUACUCGUACCUUUUUGGAAUUUGAUCAAGAUUGUGGUACCUGCACCUUAUUCGCAUGCUUUUCUUGGAGGUGGUUUGUUGGGGUACGUGAUGUACGAUUGCACGCAUUACUAUUUGCACCAUGGCAAACCGUUGAAAGGUGUAUCUUACCAACUCAAGAGAUACCACAUGAACCAUCACUUCAGAAUUCAGGACAAGGGAUUUGGAAUCACUACAACAUUCUGGGACAGAGUUUUCGGAACACUUCCUCCAAAAUCUGCCAAGAAAGACAGCUGAUUAAGGAUUGAUCAACUUAAUCAACUGCUGAGGAUUAAUUGAUUUCAAGACAGAAUAGCAGUUCUAGUUAGUUCAUUCAUGGUUUUUGUUCUGUUUCCGUUCUCGUAUUUGCUUCUCUACUAGUAUUUUAGACCGGGCCAACUUCGGUUAGACGCUGAUAGGAUAUUCUGUUUUUCAACAUUUUCUUUUUCGUUUUAUGAUUUUUGUAGAGGAUCGCAUUUUAUGAGACAUUGUUAAAGCUAAGAACGACCAUUUGUUCAUAUUAAAAGAAAUUAUUUAGCCACAUAA